AUGUCAUUUUAUUUAGAGCAGAACGUGAUGGAACGGCGAGAGAUCUACACGACGCAACAGCCGGAUGGCACGUACGUCACGACCACCACCAGAACGCAAACCAAGCUGCAUGAGGACAAAGUCUACGGCUGUGGAAUUGGACAAACGAACACGCAUUACUGUCUCGGACCUCAUGGACUCCUCCGCAUUCUUGAAAUAUUCCUUUGUCUUGUCGUGAUUUCCCUGAUCACAUCCGUAUUUGGUCCGGGACCAUUCAAAGGAGUACUUUUCGGUCAGACACUGCUUCUUAUCUUCGCUGGUGUGGCAAUGUGCUUCACAUUCAUUUUCCUGAUCGAUUUGGUGUUCUCUGCUACCUGCUGCUUUUCAUUCAUCGUUCUGGCCAUCGUGGAAGCCUACUAUUCCACUGGAAGUUGGUCGAAUAAUUGCAACGACAUAGGAUCCGAUGGUUUCCUCCACAAUGGCUGCCGAAUCAUCUACGAAUGGGCCUUUGCAUCGUUCCUGGCGUUCGUCCUUGCCUGCCUUUAUGGAAUCAGUGCGUUCCUUGCUUCUCGCGAUCGAAGUCAUCAUGCACCUGCCGUCAUUAGAGAAUACUAA